AUGUAUGUGAAUGGCCAAGGUUCCUACAACAUUGACACUGCCUUCCGCUCUGGAUUGAGAUACUACAAGUUGGACAAUCUCGUGUUCAAGGGUUCGUCCAGAGGUCAACCACUACCAUUUGACAAGACCAGGGUCUACUACAGCAUCUUGACAUUCAAUACGGGCGUGGUCCAGUACUUUGAUGAGGUUGGCCGAUUGAUGUCCAUCAAUGAUCGUUUUGGCAAUCAUGUUGAAUUCUAUUUUGAUGUCGUUGCCAAUGUAUUCAACAGCAGACUCACCAAGAUUGUUGACUCAUUUGGACAAGAGACCAUCUUCACCUACGAUGUUACCAAGUCCGUCUACAUUGCCUACCCUCAAGGUGGAGUGUUGGGAUCGAUCAAUGUUGAAUUCCAGGUCAACCCCGACACUCAACAGUUGGACACCUAUAUUGACCCGAUGGGUUUGAAGACCGGCUUCACAAACAAAGGUGGAAACAUCAGGACCAACCUCAUCUCGAUCAUAACUAAACCCAACCAAGUCAAUGUUGUUGUCAAGUACCGUUCAAUUAAGUACUAUGGUGACUCAUCAAAGGUCAAGCUCUCCUUCUUGGAUGCCGUCGAGUCUUUGCAAGUGAUUGAUGCUGAUGGAGGAUCUCGCUCCACUUGGUAUAACUUUGAUCCAGAGGGAGCUGGUCACAACUUCACUGGAUUCCCCUACUUCUACCUGACCGGUUCCAAUGGUGACCCAUUGCUCACCAGCUCCACAAGCAACACCUACUUCUACUCCACUGUAGUUGAUGAUGGAUAUCUCCUCACUGAGCAUGUCUACAACAACCUACACCUUGAGAUCGAGACCAACAUCUCUACCAAAGAUACCCUCAAGCUACUCAGCAAGACAACCUACAAGUUCAAUGGACAGAAGCCAGAUGGGUCGUUCCCAUUGUAUGACAAACUACCCUCCAACUACCAAGUCCCCACAAUAGCGGUGAAUGAGGUGGUCGAUGCCCCCUUUGUCAGAGCGCACAAGUCUGAGACCGACACAGACGUCUAUGGCAACACCAUUGCUGUGCGUACAUACGACACCGACCUGGAUACUGGAGUGUUCAUACUGGUCAGCGAGGUCAAGACAACCUACUUUAACAUGACCACCAUGUAUGGCCAGGUGUCUCAGAAGGACUCGAUUGACUACUGGGGUGGAAAUGGUAAUCCAGAGUUCAGGAGGACGGUGAACACUCUCACCGAUGACAACAAGAACAUUGCCACCAGCACUGAUGGUCAAGUGAAGGAGGGGGUCUUCCUACCUUUCAAGAAGACCUCUUACGCCUAUGAUACCAAGGGCAGGGUCCUUCAGACCAAGACAGAGUGGGCAGAUGGGAACGAUCACAAACUCCAGUCAACCUUCACCAAUACCAAGUACCUGCUCGAGGGCAAGGUGCUCACUGUCGUCACAAUCAAUGCCGAGUUGCGCGAGUCGAAGGAGUUGUUUGAUACUUGUUCUGGAUUGGUCACCUCAACAGUGGAUGCAUUGGGAAAUAUCACUUCAAACACCUACGACAACAAUGGAAGGAUCCGGUCCACCACAGACCCACUUGGCGCUGUCACUCGAUGCAUCUACGACGACUUUAACAACAUUGUUACCAAAGUUGCCGCCAACGGGUACACUUUAUACACCACCUCCAAUGGUUUCGGUGAGCAAGUGAGGACUGCCGACAACCUUGGACCCAAUGGAACAGAACGGGUGCUCUCAAAGAAGUCCUACAACUCACAAGGUCAGGUGAUGUGGGAGGAGGGCAUUAUUGAAAAGGCCUCAAGGACCGAGUACACCUACAACGAUCGAGGUCAAGUCUCAACAGUUAGAGAUGCUUUGGACAAUGUCAUUGAGACCAUCUACAAUCCAAUUGAUCAGACCAAGAUCCAGACUUUCAAUGGAGUGGCGACAACCUCCUCAACCUCCACAGAUCGAGAGGUCAAGGUGGUGGUGUAUUCGUCCAACUCUGAAGAUACCUUGAACUCAAGGUUCACCUUCAAUGCCUCCAAGGACAUUGUCUCAUCUACCAUUGGAACAGGUUCAUCACCACUUCUGUCCACCUACUUCAAGUAUGGUGUUGACUUUGCCAUGAUGAAUGAGAAUAGAUCUGGACCCCAUGAACAUUCAGUGUCCACAUCCCAGAGAGACUUGUUUGGCAAUAUCAUUCAACAGAGUGUUUCAACUGGAUCCCAACAAUGUUCAGGUGACCUCUUUGAAUUUAAUAGACUCAAUCAACUUUUGUCCGACACCAAUCCACUUGGACAAAGUAUCAAAUACACGUACAACAGUGUUGGACAACCUCUGACUCUACAGACAUAUGAUGGAACAGUGUUCAAUUCGACAUACAAUGCAAACAAGAUGCUGACAUCAUAUUCAUACAUUGAUGCCGCUCUCAAUCUAUUUGAGAAGAGGAUGACAUACUAUCCUCUAUCCUACAAACUUCAGAAGGUGGAGACAUUCUUGAAUGGCAUCAGUCAGGGCGCCAUUUCAUAUACCUACCUCCUCGAUGGCUCACUUGAAUCGAUCACCUAUCCAGAUGGCAACUUCAUCAGCUACACCUAUGACCUGAGCCUCUCCCAACUCACUCAGUUCCGUGACGCCAUGGGUCAGGUCACCAUCUACACCUACGAUGUCUUUGGAAGGUUGGUCUCAGCCCAAGUCCAGGGAUCGACCACUCAACUGGUCACUCUGUCCUACUUCUCCAAGGAUGACAGUCCUGUCCACAGUGGCAAGCUCAAGGCACUCUCUAUUGGAAAUGGCCAGGAACAUCAAUACCUCUACGAUGGAUUUGGUUCAUUGGAGGAACACUCAAUCUAUGACACAACACCUGAUCGCACUAGCAUGGUCUCAAGUCAGAGGAAUACAUACGAUGUUGUGACCAGGAAUAUUGUCUCGACAGAGUUCAUUUCAUUAGCCUACCCUAACGAUGAGUCAAUGAACUACACAGUCUCUUACGUGUAUGACGAUCUGAACAGGAUGCUAAAGGCCACCAAGGUGUAUCUUUCUGGUGUCCAGACCGUCAGUUCAUAUAAAUAUGACUCUGCCAACAAUGUCAUUGCUGAAACAAUUGAGGGACCGACCAUCACUGAGACCAACUACACCUACGAUUUGGACAACAAGCUCAUUCAAACAAUGGACGUCCAAUCUGGUGUUACCAAGAACCUGACCUACGACACCAAUGGAAACCUCACUGAUGAUGGGCGUGGAUCAACCUUCACCUACAAUCUCAACAACCAACUGGUGUCUUACCAGUUCCAAGGCAUGCCACCAGUCACAUACACCUACUAUGCCGAUGGAAGUCGUGCAUCAAAGUCAACCGGUGGCAGGACCAUAAGAUACUACUAUGAUGGUGCUGCCCUUCCCAACUUGGUCAACGAGGUUCUGGACUCCCAAUACACAACCUACCUCAUGAAUGGAUCAUCAAGAUACUCCAGGAUCGUCCACAAUCCAGAAGACCUUCAAUCAUCCGCUCAGUUCCUCAUCAGCAACAACAAAGAUAUUGUUAUUGUCCUCGAUGAAUCCAAUCUACUCGAGGCAUCCUAUCAAUUUGAUCCAUAUGGAGCUGAACAACUUGACCAGCUUGCCUUCACCUUAACCCUGGCGGACAAUCCAUUCAGAUACACUGGAGAGUACACUGACAUGGAGUCGGGUCUCAUCUACCUCCGCUCAAGAUACUACAACCCUUCAAUCAAGAGGUUCAUGACCAGGGACUCAGCCACCACAUUCAAUCGUUAUGGUUACGGCGAUGGCAAUCCAAUCAUGAACUCUGAUCCAUCUGGAAUGGUCUCAUGGCAGGCUAUUCUGGGCAUUGUUUAUGGAUCGAUCGCUGUAGUUGGAUCGAUUGCUCUGACAGUUGUGACUGCUGGUGCAUCCACACCUCUUGCCUUUGUCGCCAUCACUCAACUCAUGCUCGCCGCCGGCUCUUCCAGUGUGGUCUACAGCUCGACUCACAUCAAUGAUUGGAGUUUGAAAGACUGGGCAAUGGAAGUUGGAAUCAAUGCUGGAGCAGGUUUGCUCUCUGCUGGCGCUGGUGCAUUUACAGGAAAUCUAAUAUCAAAGGCUGUGGCAUCCGCCACUGGUAGUGGUUUCAAACUUGCAAUUGCUCGUGCUGCCGUAGCAGUUAUUGGAGCAGCCUUGAUUGAUGGCGCUACAAACAUGGCAAUUACCGAAUUCCAGGACAGGAAUGCCAGCAGUGUGGAUCUUGGAAUCUCUGGCGCCACUGGCUUUGGAAUGGCGUUGAUUCCUGGUCUCAUUGGAAUUCGAGCUGGUAUUGCUCGUGGACUCAGGGCUGCUCGCAACAUAGCGUUCACUCUUGAACCGAACGCCAUCAACAAUUUACGCGAAUUGCAAAGUGGUCCUGGACUUACUGGAGUAUUGAGAAUUGGGGAGAACAACAACCAGUUGUACAUUCAGAAUAUGGCUGCUACCGUGUAUCCAGAAGAACUCGGGACAAUACAUACCAAAGUUGCCCAUGACAUCAUACCUAAUAUUGAUGGAACAGAUGUAUUCCCGUGGGCCAGAGGCUUUGCAGUCAACAAGGUGGGCGACAAUAUUGAGUUCAGGUUCAGGUCCAUCUCUUUGAAUGCCAUGGCCCAGGAACCGUACCAAUUUGUGGGGACCUCUACCAUAAAUAAUAAUACUACUCCAACUCAAUACCUUUCAGGUGAGGCCAGUAAGCAGAUCCUCCUCUCUGUGAGAUAUCAAGCCAACAUCAAGAACAUCUCAGUCCAUCUACACGACACGCAACAGAGUAACUCAAUCACGCACCUUGGUCGCAUGAUUAGAUUCUUCUCAUAA